GGAAGGCCAGCAGUCGAGGUCCAGCCCCUAGAACAGAGAAGAGCUACAGAUUCUCCAUCCUAGGUCUUUGCGAGGGGACGGUGGUGCCAGCGGGGCUCUGGCAUCUGGCAGCAUGGGCGGGACGUUGGGGACCCUCCUGCUGGUCCUUGUGCUCAGCCCGGCUCAGCCAGCCUGGGCCGGCCGGAAGCUCCUGGUGUUUCUGCUGGACGGCUUUCGCUCAGACUACAUCAGCGAUGAGGCCCUCGAGUCCUUGCCUGGCUUCAAAGAGAUCGUGAGCAGGGGAGUAAAGGUGGAUUAUCUGACCCCAGACUUCCCCAGUCUCUCUUACCCCAACUACUACACCCUGAUGACUGGCCGCCACUGUGAGGUACAUCAGAUGACGGGGAACUACAUGUGGGACCCCGACACCAACAAGUCAUUUGACAUCGGUGUCAACAGAGACAGCCUGAUGCCGCUCUGGUGGAACGGGUCGGAACCGCUGUGGAUCACCCUGACCAAGGCCAGGAGGAAGGUCUACAUGUACUACUGGCCAGGCUGUGAGGUUGAGAUUCUUGGUGUCAGACCUACUUACUGCCUAGAAUAUAAAAAUGUCCCAACGGAUAUCAAUUUUGCCAAUGCAGUCAGCGACGCUCUUGACUCAUUCAAGAGUGGCCGGGCUGACCUGGCAGCCAUCUACCACGAGCGCAUCGACGUGGAAGGUCAUCACUAUGGCCCUUCGUCACCCCAGAGGAAAGACGCUCUGAAGGCUGUGGACACCGUCCUGAAGUACAUGACCGCGUGGAUCCGGGAGCGUGAGCUGCAGGACGACCUCAAUGUCAUCAUCUUCUCAGACCAUGGAAUGACUGACAUUUUCUGGAUGGACAAAGUAAUUGAGCUGAACAAGUACAUCAGCCUGAGUGACCUGCAGCAAGUGAAGGACCGAGGCCCAGUUGUGAGCCUGUGGCCUGCACCCGGGAAACACUCUGAGAUCUAUAGCAAACUGAGUUCAGUGGAACACAUGACUGUCUACGAGAAAGACACCAUACCAAGCAGGUUCUAUUACAAGAAAGGCAAAUUUGUCUCUCCUCUGACCUUAGUAGCAGAUGAAGGAUGGUUCAUAACUGAGACGCGAGAGACGCUGCCGUUCUGGAUGAACAGCACGGGCAAGCGGGAAGGCUGGCAGCACGGCUGGCACGGCUAUGACAACGAGCUCAUGGACAUGCGGGGCAUCUUCCUGGCCUUCGGACCCGAUUUCAAAUCCAACUUCAGAGCUGCUCCGAUCAGAUCCGUGGAUGUCUACAAUGUCAUGUGCAACGUGGCCGGCGUCUCGCCCCUGCCCAACAACGGCUCCUGGUCCAGAGUGCAGUGCAUGCUGAAGGGCCAGGCCAGCUCGGCCCCAGCCGGCGCCCCCCACAGCUGUCUGCUGGCCUUGCUUCUCCUGUGGUUCUUGGUGUAGCCCCUCCUGUUGACCCCACUCAGCCAAGUGUGUCCCCCAGAGUGGGGUGGCUGCAUUGUCCAUUUGAAAUUUGAAUAGCUUCAUUAACACAAUCAAGGUCAUAAAAUUGUAAAUAUAUUAUUCUUUUAUGAUUCUAUACAUGAAGUCCUACUUCUUUGAGAAGAGAAAAACCCAAGUCUUUUUUCCUGGAGGUAAGGAAGAGGCUGGCACUAGUUUUCUCUAGGGGGCCCUUGUCUUCUCUGUCCACACCCAGCAGCCACCUCUGGGUCUGAGGCCACCGUCCUGGCUGCUCUCCCUGUCCCCAGACACGGAGGGGCAGCAACAGCUGCUGUCGCUCAGCGGUGCUCCGGCUGGCCGAGUCUCUUCAUCCUUCCAGAGUCCAGUGAGGAUGGGCCUUAGCUUAGAUCACCAACCAGUCAAAAUCACAAAGGGCUGGAGACCUCACAGAACAAGGGGAAGACACGGGUUUCUCCCGAAGUCUGCCGUGUGCAGCAAACUUCCUUCCUUGCCUUAAGGGGCAGAAAAGCUGACGUAGCUGGAGAUUCUGUAAGAUUUAGCACAGCUUGGGAAGCCUUGCUCAGAGCAGGCCCCGCACGUUGGGGCUGGAUUGACAUAUGGCCAGCUUACCCAAGACUGUCCCCUCUGGGUCCCCACGUGGAAUGUAGACAGGAGCGACAGACAAGCCAUCACAGGCUGGGGAAGGGAGGCCUUGCCGUGAGAAUCUGGACAUAGCCACAGACACCUCAGCCCCGUGUUGGGAAUGGGGAUGCACAAAGCCUUCGUCCUGUGUCCCCAGAGUCCUGAAGCCAGGCUUGUUUAAAGUGACAGCAAAGGGAGUCCCCGAGUGACCCAGAACUCCAAAGAAAAUGGCAAAAGGAGGAUGGGAAUGGAGAAAAGGGGAUGAUUCCCUGUCACCACUCAGCUGGCCAUGUGGCUCGCAAACAGGCUGCUCAUGGAGCACCCGCUGGGGCCCACAUCUUUGAAACCCUUGAGAAGAGUCAUGAGCCCUUGAAAUGUUUUCGGUUCAUCUGCUAUGUUCGCUGUACGAGAUCUUGUGGUAAAACAAGGGAUAGCUGCAUUUUUAAGCCACCAGAGCCCCAUAUCUAGCCACAGGCUACGAGACAAGGGCAUGUGCGCCUGGGAUUGUGCUGCCACAGCGAAUGAGGAACAUCCAUAAGUGAGACUGUCCAUCAGGACAGACAACACCCAGGCCCAGCCUGCUGAGACCUCGGAUGGUGUCCCCUUGAGAAGCGAGUCAUCGCCUGGUUCAAGGAGGCUGGGGGUCCCCUGUGCCUGGCUUCAUGAGAACAAAGGAUAACUGCUUAAAAGUACUGAAUUUAUCUUCACGAAAAACUUCUAAAGAUUUAUGUAAUAUGUGUUCAAAGUGCCAGCAAACCAUGGAAUGAACUGGAAAGGAGGCAAAGCAGCCCGUGUUGCCUGGCUGAACAAGAGAGAGCGUUCGCUCCCCGGCUCUGCUGCUGAAGCAGGCGCCUCUUACUCAGAGUGUCCCUUCUCCCCGGUGGACAGUGUGCUGGUGAAUUGUCGAGCCCACCUGCCUCCCUCAGAGCUACCCAAGUGAUUAAGUUAAAAGUGGAGCACCAGGACCCAGGGGGGUGUCUGCACCCAGGUCUCAUUUGUCUUUCCUGCUCUGUUCUACCCUUGUCCCUCCUUCAUCCUGAAAAUCAAGUUACAUAAUAAAAUUUCAGUAUUUGCCUGACAAUGUGUAA